CUCUUCAAACCACGAAUCAUUAAAAAAACGAGACAUUGCCCGCAGCUCACUCAUCAGACCGUUCGCGAUGCCUCCUAAAAAGCCUCCUAUCGACACCACUGCCACAACCCCGGGUCACAACUGUAAUAACUCCGAGGUCGGUCUCAUGCUCGCAAUUUUGCGACAGAUCGACCGUCCCGCCAUUGACAUGGACGCCCUCGCCGAGGCCGUCGGUGCUGCCAGUGCCAACGCCGCUCGUACGCGCAUCUCCACUGCCGCUUCGAAGCACGGUUGGUUUACCAACCCUGCCACAGCCACCGCAGGCAAUGUCAGCAACCCUGUGACCCCUCGCGGCAAGAAGGCUAUCGGCUCCAGCGGACGGAAAAAGAAGGCCCCAGCCAACGAGUCUGACGGCGAGGAAUUCCAGACUCCCUCGAAGAAGCGUCUCAAUACCAAGUCCAAGAGUGCUGUCAAGACAGAGGCUGACGGAGGAAACACUGCUCACGAGCUGCGCGGCGAUGGUGAACAGAACGAUGCUCCCAAGGAGGCCGAUGGCGACGAUGGGGUCUGAAAAUUGGGAUGGAUUCAGAUAAUAUUGCCGAGCCUUGGCUUGCUCAUUGAAUGGCGGAAACAAUACCUUGGGAAGUUGGCCACAAUCAACAAUGUUGGUAGGUUAGACGCUUAUUGGGACUGAAUGGCAACAGACCUUGGGUUUUGAGAAUAUGGGC